AUGCUGCAGGUCUUGCACGUGGUCUGUUGUUUACUUCUUCCAGGAACAGUGGAAGUGCAGCCAGACAGGGGGAGGAGGGGGAGUCGGCAAAAUUUUGUAACAGCUGUCCUGGAUAGAGUUACCUCGGAGAGGGGGGAAAAAAGACGCGCAGGCUGACGUUAACGUCGGAAAAAUGUCGAACUGAAUUCUCGUAUGUUUCCAUCUUCAGAGGCUCCGUAAACAGCGCGAUACCUGAACUACUAGAAUGUUUCAGCUUGGAAGUCUGCUGAGUCAGCUCCAUCUCACCUCCAAAGCGUCAGAAGCUGCCCAUGGCCAAAUCCCAAAGCAGACACCGACAGUACCUGACUUUUUACAAAGCGUGAUGAAACUCACCGGGCUGAAAAAGGAAUAUGUUUUCUGUAAUCUGCGUAUCCCCGACCAGCUUCAGACAACCAAAGAUGACAUCAACCUUGUUAUCCUUUCAGGUCAUGGGAUCUUCUGCAUAGAUGUUAAACCCUGGAAAGGCACAGUGUCUGCUCACAACCAAAACUGGCAUGUGCAAGUGAAAGAAGAGGACCAGAACUUUACCAAUACCUGCAUUGAGCAGAUUGAAGAUCCACUCAAAGCUAUCAUGACUAAAACAGCAAACUUAUGCAGUCAUUUGAAGAGGAGUGGAGUGUCUGUGCGCCAAAGUCUCUUCUUCCCCAGAAUCAUCUUCCUCUCACCAGAUUGUGAACUGGAUAAGGAGCUGAGGAAGAAGAGGGAGCUGGUCUCCCACAGCCAAAUAGAGGACUUCCUCAAAUCUUUCAAGGAGGGCUAUGUUGCCUGGAUAUCAGAUGCGCUGACACCCUCCUGGAUCUCUGGUCAUCUGUCGUACAGGCAGAUGGAAUCAGUGCGAGACGUCCUGAGGAGGGUGGGAACGUGGGAUUUGGUGCGGCUGCACUGUGGCGAGCAGCUAAAAGGAGACUUCCAGAGCUGCCCGUAUAUCGCUCUCAACCGCCAGGAGACGGACACCCUCGAGUUUUCCAGUGUCAAGACCCUUUCUGCUGACUCGCUUUGGGCCCUGCUGGGACACGCUCCUCAGGUAACCGUUAAAAUGUAUAAGCGUGGAUCUAACAGCUGGCUGGGGAAAUCCCUGAAUGCCACCACCACCAUCCCCUCCAACACCUCUGUGAUCUUCAGGAUCAGCGGCGAAGAAUCAGAUGCUAAAAUCCCAGCAAACGCCAUUCACAGCAUCACGCUCAGCAUAUGACUGUGUGGAGAUAAUACAAACAGGAUCGCCAUCGCAACAUGGCACUGAAGAAGCAAGGGGAAGAAAAAUUGCUUACUUGUGUGUAGCAUUUUUUAAAAACCAAGUGCAUUUUAACAUGCAGUGUUUGUACUUUGCAAUA